UGUCUUUAGUUGGCUAGCCUUUAAAUGGGAUGAGGAUUACCAAAAAGGACAGUGUGUGCCUGUUUCUGAAAACAUGAUGGUCAGACUUCUUAAGAUGUUGCUUCACUCAAUCUAAUAACAGGCACAUGUGUUGUUAUAGUGCACUGGAGGACAGGAAAUACAUCCAAUAAUUACAGGAAAACACUGGCCCCUGAGCAUUGUAGUCUGUUUUAAGGAAACAGCACCAGACAUUUCAAGCUAAGUGGGAAGACUGUGUGUUGGUGGGAUCCAAGCAGCUUUUCUACUGAUAAACAACAGAUUCAAGAUUGCUUUUUGACUACCCAAAAUAUGCUACAGAUCAUGGGAGCUGCCUGAACAAAGUGAUGUGCAAAAAUGUUUCUAAAGCAUUUUUGUAAAGGGAAGAGCACCAUAUGGACACUGUAGAAGGAGGAAGGCAACCACUUCCCUCCAGCCUGUGCUAGCAGAAGAUGCAGGAAACUUCUGCUUAUUUGGGUGUUCAAGAUGAAUCUGGAAAAGCUCAGCAAACCUGAACUAUUGACGCUAUUUAGCAUUCUUGAAGGAGAACUAGAAGCCCGAGAUCUUGUCAUAGAAGCCUUGAAGGCCCAACACAGAGAUGCUUUCAUUGAAGAACGUUACGGAAAAUACAAUAUAAGUGACCCACUGAUGGCACUUCAGAGGGAUUUUGAGGCAAUGAAGGAAGAGAAUCAUGGAGAUAAGCAACCCGUUUGUGCGAAUCCCUUGUCUGUCCUGAAGGUAGUGAUGAAACAUUGCAAGAAUAUGCAGGAGAAAAUGUUGUCCCAAUUAGCUGCAGCAGAAAGCAGGCACAGAAAGGUAAUCUUAGAUCUUGAAGAAGAGCGACAACGGCACGCCCAAGAUACUGCUGAAGGGGAUGAUGUCACUUACAUGCUUGAAAAGGAGCGAGAGCGACUCACACAGCAGCUGGAGUUUGAGAAGUCCCAGGUGAAGAAGCUUGAGAGAGAGCAAAAGAAGCUGUCUAGUCAGCUGGAGGAGGAACGAGCACACCACAAGCAGCUGUCUUCCAUGCUUGUGCUGGAGUGCAAGAAAGCCACAGCCAAAGCUGCAGAAGAAGGGAAACAGGCUGAGGAAGUGAGCUUGAAGCUGGAGAAAGAACAAAGCAAAGUGAGCCAGCUGGAGGAGGAGCUGGCAGCUAAGAAGAAGAGAGGUUUGCAAAUGGAGGCCCAAGUGGAGAAGCAACUAUCUGAGUUUGAUAUUGAAAGAGAACAGUUGAGAGCCAAGCUGAACCGGGAAGAAAACCGCACGAAGCUCCUGAAGGAAGAAGUAGAAAAUAUGAAGAAAACCCUAAAGGAACUGGAGGCGGCUCAGAAAGAAGGCAGGAGCCAAGACGAGAGCAUAACAUCCCAUAUCGCAGCCGUGUCUGUAGCAACUGCCCCAGAAUGUUCUUCAGUUAGGUCAGUAGCUUGCCAGACAGAAUGUCCCUUGGCAGAGAAUGCCAGCCAGGAAAGUUCAGGCAAAUUGGCACACUUGUUAACUUCCCCAUCUGCCACAUCUGCCCACCCUUACGCUAAGAUAAAUGGGCACUGUGAUGCUAUGCAAACAUGUGGGGAACCAGCUGAGCUCAGCAUAGAGAGCCUGCAGAGGGCAAAGCCUGCAGGAUCAGCUGCUGAGAAUACUAAAGAACACAGUAGCUCCCCUGUAAGAACAGAACUGCUUGCCUCUAAUAUUCCACCAGUCCCUUCCAGUGGGAUAUCUUUAUCCCCCAGCAACACGGGUUCUUCAUCUUUGACUUCCUCUCCUUGCUCCUCCCCAGUUAUGACCAAACGUUUGAUUGGCGCUUUAGCCAGCAGCCCUGGCUAUCAAUCUUCUUACCAAGUUGGAAUCAAUCAGCGCUUCCAUGCUGCUCGUCACAAAUUCCAGUCCCAAGCAGAUCAGGAACACCAGUCAAGCGGUCUCCAGAGCCCUCCAUCCAGGGAUCUGUCUCCUACCUUUGUUGAUAAUUCUGCUGCUAAGCAUCUUGCCCGCAAUACAGUCACUCAGGUCCUCUCUAGGUUCACCAGUCAGCAAGGCCCUAUCAAACCUGUCUCUCCUAACAGCUCACCUUUUGGCACAGACUACCGAAACCUGGCCAAUGCCAUGAGCCCCAAGAAUGAGUCAAGCCCAGGCAAGGUCUCAAGCCCACUAAGUCCAUUAUCGCCAGGGAUUAAAUCGCCAACCAUACCCAGAGCAGAAAGAGGGAAUCCUCCACCAAUACCUCCAAAGAAACCUGGACUCACUCCUUCUCCAGCCACUGCUACCCCACCAACUAAAACUCCUUCUCUGACCUCCUCUUUGGGGUCACCUGUGGACCUGGCAAGCAGUUGUUCAAGCAAUGCUGUUGUAGCCAACGGGAAAGAAAUCGAGAUCUUGUUGCCAACCAGCAGCUAGUCUCUGGAAAUUUCACAUUCCGAGCGAUUUGCCAUUCCUAACGCUGUCUUAUCCACUCCAUGUUAUUUAUUUGGGUAAUAGCAAAAUUGUAUCACUCAGUUAGUUUUCUUGUGUUUUUAUAGCAUGCAGAGAAUAAUGCUUUUGAUAUACAAACCUUUAACACUAAAGCCUCAAAAGGUGUCUCGUGGCAGUAGGCGCAUCAAAUGAGAGAACAAGCGAUCCCUAUGCUGGGAGAUAACCAGCAGACUCUGGAACUGCUCAUUUUUAAAUCAUGCAGAGUAUAACCCAUGCAAAUCUCCAUUCUAGACAGACCUUCUCAAAAAAAAAAAAGUGCCUGAGCUUAAGCCCACAGAUAUGAAUGUGAUUCUCUGUAAAUCCAGAAGGAAUCAUCUAACUGCAAAAAGCACAGUUUCUCUAUGAAUCAUGAAUGUUGAAAACACUUUUUUCCUAGUAGUUUUAUUGUUUCUUUGCUAUGAAAAGGAAAUAUUCCAAAGGUAUGACCAGCAGAUUGGUCCAUUGUUUCCAUAAUGUCAUUUUAUGGAGUGCUUCAUUGUCAGGUGCGCUUCGGCCCUGCCGCUGAGCUGUAUACAACCUGAUCCUUUCUUAUGAUAUAUGAAGUGUUUUUUAAGGGGGGAAAACACAAAAACUUUAGAAGCUUUAAACAAUCAGGGUGCCAGUUCUUUUCUGCCAACUAUCCAUUCCUUACAUAUUUUUCUCACCAUAGAGAUUAAAUAGACCAGAUGAAAUCUUGAAGUGUUGUGUCUAGUUUGAUAUUCUUUACACAUUCUACUGUUGUAUGUAGAACUUCUGAAAGAAGGAUCUUUUUCUUUGCUUGAUAAAGUUCGUAUUACUUGAAAUGAGAAGUGGCUACUCAGUUCUAUACAGUUUUUUUGCAUCAAUAAGGUAGGAUCUGUACUAGAUGAUCCAAAGCAAUAACUUAAACGUUAUUCCAUAUGAUAGUUUGUCAAGCUGACAGAGCGUUUGCUGACCAAGUUGGGUUUGCUCCUUGAAGACUGUUGCCCUCUUGGCUGCAACUGCAGAAACCAAAUCCUUAACUUUACACCUAAAGAGACUUAUAUAUAUGGGGGGAGCACAUGUACAUUAUACACACAAUACAUUUAUUUAUACUUUCCUGUAAUUAUAUUGAAUUUUUUUCAUAGCUCACAAAAACAAGAAAAUACAUUUCUAUGAUAAAGUUGCUACUUAAUCUUUAUUUGUCCUAAUUCGGGAAAAUUUUCCUGUGAUAGGCGGUCAACAACUUGGGGCCAAUACAGGGCUGAAGGAGGUUACUUUCCAAUGGAACUUCCUGACUCUGUGUGUGUGUGUGUGUAUGGGUGUGUGAGAUUUUUUUAUAGCUUAGGUUAAAAAUAUAUUCUCCGACCCCUCUCUUUAACUCCUCCCCUUCCUCCCAGUAAUGUAUCCUGCUCAUGUCAGACCUUGUGCUAGAUAACUUUGCUUUAAGAUGUUACGAUAAUGUGUAGUCAAGGACAAAAAAAAGUCAGUAUCCUGGCUACGAGUGAAGACAUGGAAUACCUUUCCAAAACAGCACGAGUAGCAGGCAUUAACCAGCUGCUUUUCCAUAUAAUGUCAAUAUGUAGAGCUCUUGCUACAAAAACCAGAGGAUGAUCUUCCAUAGGCAUGGACAUUUGCUACUUUCAUUUUGAGGCGCUAGAUAAAAAUCUUGAACCUUUGCGGAUUAAAAAGUAGUUGAAUUGCUUCAAGACUCCACUGUUUAUGCACUAGCCAGUCAGUGGCCUCUUGAUUCUUGAUCUGUGUAUGGAAUUGCAUACUGCCAUAGGAACUCUAGUUGCAACCAUAUUCUUUCCCAAAUUUUGUUAUGUUCACUGGAAUAGCCCUUAUGUGAAGAGAUAAUCAUUGUAUGGACUGAUAGGAAGCAGCUGUAAUAGGCAUUCACAUAAUUCAGUUGUCCAGCAUAGGAUUUUUCCAUAUCAAUUACAGGUGAAAUCUGGGUGAAUAAUUUCAGUAUUGCUGGGACAGUAUCGCUUUUAACCUUAAACAGACGUUAUUGUAGCCCUUAAAGUAUUUCCUUUUGUUUACACUAACUUUUGCCCUUUCUUUACGCUAUGACUCUAGAGAUUUUAUAUACAAUAAUGAAUUUUAUUAGGAAAUGCACUGAGUACUGUAUUCUACAAUGGAUUAUAAGGAGGCACAAAGCAAGAGGAGAUGUGUAUUUUUGCUAGUAGUCUAUAAAGUAAGCACAACUAUUAAAAUGGUUCCAGCUAAUCUAGUAAGACUUCUAGGGUAUUAGUAUUUAAAUUCUGUGUAGACUUGCGUGUAUGGAAACAAAAUGUUUAUCUUCUCUGAAUCAUGUGUUGCUAGAGAUGUUUGUCACUGGCUAACAGGAUUUUAAUGAAGCUCAAACUGUAUAAUCUAGUAUUAAUUAUUCAUUAACAUUUGUAUAUUUGUAAAGUGAAAUGUAUGAAGCAGAAGUCUUUUUACCUUUUUUUAUAGCUGGCAGCAUUAAAUGUGUUAAACAUUCAUACUAUCAAUAAAGGGUUUUAUUUUUAUGA